ACCCAGAGAGAGGGGACUGUCAGUGGAGACUUGGUGACAGUCAGCAGUGAGUGAUAGAGAGAGGACAGUGAACCCACUUGAAAUUCACAGAGAACUGUGUCAAAAGAGACAUUGAGAACUUGAAGGGGAUAUUCAGCCUGAGGAAAAGGAGGGAGAGAACUAUUGCCCCCAGCCAGGAGUGAAGAGGGGGGGCUGAUAGGAAAUGAACUGGGCUCGGUUUGGAGGGAAUUGUGUCUGAGUGUACCUGGCAGUUGGCACUGUGUUUCCCAGCCUGAGCUGCUGAAGAUGUUGGCACUGUCUGUCUCUCCCUCUGCCAUCGCCCUCCUCUCCUUUACCUUCUGUCUACACAGGGUUUGGUCCAAUGAGAUCCUCGGCCUGAAGAUCCCAGUAGAUCCCGUCCUGACUGCGAACACCGUGUGCCUCACGCUCUCGAGCCUGACCCGCCGUCAGCUGGAAGUCUGCAUGAGGAAUCCCGAUGUGACAGCUUCCGCCAUCCAGGGAAUCCAAAUUGCCAUCCAUGAGUGCCAGCACCAGUUUCAGGAUCACAGGUGGAACUGCUCCAGCUUGGAGACCAAGAACAAGAUCCCUUAUGACAGUGUGAUCUUCAGCCGAGGUUUUAAGGAGAGUGCAUAUGCCUACGCCAUCGCAGCAGCGGGGGUCGUUCACGCCGUCUCCAACGCCUGCAGCCUGGGCAAGCUGAAAGCCUGCAGCUGUGACGACAAGAGGCGCGGCGAUGAGGAGGCCUUCCGUCUCAAACUCAACCGGCUCCAGCUGGAGGCGCUGAACCGGGGCAAAGGCAUGGUACAUGGGGUCCUCGAACCCCUUCCCACUGACCUGCCGGGACCCCAGGACUCCUGGGAAUGGGGAGGAUGCAGCCCCGACGUGGAGUAUGGUGACAAGUUUUCCAGGGACUUUCUGGAUUCCCGGGAAACCUACAAGGACAUCCACUCACGCAUGAGGCUCCACAACAACAGGGUGGGUCGGCAGAUGAUCGCGGACAACAUGAAGAGGAAAUGCAAGUGCCACGGCACGUCUGGGAGCUGCCAGCUGAAAACGUGCUGGCAGGUGACCCCCGACUUCAGGACGGUGGGCACCCUGCUGAAGCGCAAGUUCUACAACGCCACACUGAUCAAAGCCCACAACCGCAACACCGGGCAGGUGGAGCAAAGCCACCCGCACCCCUACCACUCUCACAGCCACCCCCAACCACACCACCAUCCGCACCGAAGGAAAUCCAACGCCGGAGAGCUGGUCUUCUUCGAGGAAUCCCCCAACUUCUGCGAGAGCGAGCCCGGCCUGGACUCAGCGGGUACGCGGGGCCGGAUCUGCAACAAGACCAGCCCCGGUCUGGACAACUGCGAGAGCCUGUGCUGCGGCCGGGGCCACAACAUCCUGCGGCAGACGCGCAGAGAGAGGUGCAACUGCAAGUUCCACUGGUGCUGCUAUGUGGCGUGUGAAGAAUGCCGAGUGACAGAGUGGGUCAGUGUGUGUAAAUAAAGGACCGCACUCUUGUCACAGGAGAUAGGAACUCCAGAGAGAGAGAGAGAGAGAGAGAGAGAUAAUAAAACAAACAACAGAACUGGGAACGUUUCGACUCAAAAAGGGAGGGCACAGUUCAGCCAAAGAAGCUAUUGGCACCGACAUUUCUGCACUGCUUUGGAAGUUUGCCAUCCUUUUACAAGGGCAAACCUCCUUCCCUCCCUCCUUCCCCACCUCCACCCCUUCCCCAUCCCGUCUUCCACUGAGGCAGAGUCACUUCCUUUGGAAUUUCCUGGGAUUUCCUGCCCAAGUGCACCGUGCCCUGCGUUCUAUUCCCUCUCAAGGUGACUUGAACCCUAGUCAGACUCAGAGGAUGCUUGUGACAUCAACAGGCUCAGGAACGUCUUCAAAGA